AUGGACACUGACGUCCUCCUAGCAUUGCUCUCCAGUUUGCUGGGCUCACAACAGUAUGAUCAAGCGACGCUUCUGGACGCUCUCGUAGAAUGCGACGGUGAUGUAGACAAAGCUGCACGACGUUUGUUAAAAAGGAAUACAAACGAUGGUCCACACAGCAGAAAACGCAAGAGAAAAGUUGGUCUCGACGCGUGGUUAGACUCAUCAAAGUCUAAGGUGUCAAGGAGGACAUCAGGACCUUCAUCAGGUCGUUCCGACGCGCCCGCUGUAUCGUUUAAUGAAUCCGCAUCAGAAAAAGUUUCUUCCUCGUCAACGAAAUCUGUUUCUCCCUUGAAAAACGAAAAUCAAUCGGCCAGAUCAAUGCACGAGACAUACCCGUCCAAUGUUCAGGCUCAGGAGGCGAUAGAUCCGGUCCCUUCAGUAUUCUCGUCUGGGACAUCAUCCACAAAAGUCAGAAAUAUCUCCAACAACGAGUUUAUGAAGCUUCUUCGCCCGCCAAAUUCUAAAGACUCGAAUGUGAAUAAACGGCUACCUCGAGCACCUCCUCUCACUUUAGGUACACCAUUACUCGUUGCGCAACACACGCCUUGCACUCUUCAUCCCUCUAUUCUGCCACCCGAACUCGCAUGCAGACUUUUCUACACUAUGUUACACGAGAGUAGGACCUGGCAGCGGAACCGAUGGUGGCUCUUCGAGCGAGUAGUAGAAAGCCCUCAUCGAACAUCGUUCUAUUGUAGAAAGUCCUUCUCAGGAGGCUCAGAUGAUCGUCAAGACAUGCAGCAAGCAGCUCAAUUCUGGUACAAUGGUCGCCAGACUGAGCCCCCGUCUACUUUUCCUCUCGCAAUGGAGGAAGCAUGCAAGAUAGUAGAGCGUGUAGUCAACGAAGAGAUGCGCAAGCGCCAACGUUUUCCUUUGGAAUGGGGUGGAGAGUCUUGUGAAGAUUACAAAGACUUGGACGGCAAGGUCAUAUGGCGAGCCAACGUCGCGGCUUCUAAUUGUUACGAAGGAGCGAAGGAAAGUGUAGGCUAUCAUACGGAUCAGCUGACGAAUAUUGGGCCCUACCCGACCAUUGCGAGCUUGAGUCUAGGAACGAGCCGCAUUUUUCGUCUACGGGAGGUGAUUCCUGUCGAAGACAAAGAGCAGCGCAGUGCAAGAACAUAUAACAUCCCUCUUCAACACAAUUCUGUACGUGCCUCUAUUGCAUCCUAUUAUCCAGAAUUACUUAGGAAUCUGGAGCUCGUAAUUAUGCAUGCUUCAACUCAGGAGAUGUUCAAGCACUGCAUCCCUCCCCAAAACGCCAUCGAUCUCUUUCACCCACCUUUCCCACCGCCAGUGACCACGAGUGCUGAUGGCAGCGAAGAGCCCCUCCCUGCUAUUGAAUCCUCAAACGCGCGGAUAAAUAUCACGUUCCGAUUCUACCGCCCUGAUUAUCGAUCCGAAUCGACGCCAAAAUGCAAGUGUGGAGUUCCAUGCAUUUUGCGACCAGACAUGAAGAAUAGGUAUGUUGACCCGAAUACUGCAAACGCACACGAGCGGCGCGACGAAGGAUUUAAGAAAAACGUGGUCGCGAAGUACUGGUGGACAUGCUAUGCGGGGGCUCAGAAUGACGGGAAAGGGUGUAAUAUGUGGAAGGUGAUGGAUGCCGAGGCAGAGGGAAGGGGUCCAUUUGCUGGGGAUAAUCUACUUGCGUCGGGCUCACACUAA